CUUUCUUACUCUCUUUUCUACUCUUGUUUUUUUACAUAUGCCAUGCUAGCAUCAAUACCUGUUGCAUUUGUAUCACUACUUCUUGCUCUGCUACAAGCUGGCUCCUCUGUUACAGCAGAUGACCGACGACAGCAGCAAUUCCCAUUUCUGUCAGUAGGAAAUCAAGAAAACGACGACGGAGGAAGUGUAUUAUGCGAUCAAACAACAGCACAGCAGCACCCAAACAGUCUUCUCCAUCCUUUUACGAGCGAAUGGGUACAUGUGCUGGAACAGUUUUAUAAUGCCCUUGGUGGCCAUGCCAAUGCAUCAUACAAAGGACACGAUUGCCCAGUAUCACUGCCAACGUUUGAUUGUGAAGCGUUUUACUGGAAUGACUAUGCCUAUAUUCCUUCUCGCGAUGCUCAGCACCUACGACCUCAUGACAUCAAAUCAGUGAUUGCGCUUGGGGACAGCAUUACUGCUGGGUUCGGCAUGCUUUCAGGUCGACCACCCUUUGCAACUGUUUGGGAAUAUCGAGGCAAAGUGUUUUCAGCAGGCACCGAUCCGGACGAGUAUACUAUUCCCAACUUUUUGAGCAUAUACAGCAACGCUGCAGGAGGACCUGAUGGUGUCACCUUUCCCAUGUCACGUGGCAAAGAUUUGGAUAAUGCGAUCAGUGGGGCAAAGACACAGGAUCUAGACGGCGAAGUGACACGUCUAGUGCACCUGCUUAGUUCCAACAAUCACCAUUAUCAGAGGAUCAAGGACGAAUGGAAACUGAUUACGCUGUUUAUUGGGGCAAACAAUAUCUGUGUCUUGUGUGACCCUCCCAUGACACGUCUGCCAUUGCUUGCUCAAGCUGAUGCAUUUGAAGACGAUAUCCGACAAGCCCUUGGUAGGUUAAAGAAGGAAGUCAGCAAGUCAUUCGUGAAUCUGGUCGCAUUGUUUAAUGUCUCAAGUGUCUACGAGGCGGCUCAAGGCGAUCCAUAUUGUGAAUUCGUCUGGAACAAGGCGCAUAUGACCAUCUGCUCUUGUGUACAAAACGAUGAGGCACAACGACGAGCUGCUGACGAUAUGGUGGCAGAAUACAAUAAGCGUUUACAUAAACUGGCGUCUGAUGAAGCACUCUCUGACAAGCACUUCCAAGUAGUCUACCAACCAGGCUUUACAACAUUGCCCAUUGCUAAAUACAAGCAAGGAUAUUUAAGUGGCAUUGACUGGUAAAGUGUUUUAAAUGCUGCUGAGUCUGCUUCAUCUGAUGCUUUUCCCUAUUUUACAGCUUCCAUCCGAAUAGGUGCGCUAAUCAAGUCAUGGCUAUGGCUUUGUGGAAUGUUAGUAUAUACACAACGUACAAACAUCAUACACACUAUGCUCUAAUAUGCACUAAUUCAUCGAAUCACAAAUCACCCCUUUGAUAAACUAGAAUAUGUUUUCGACUCCAGAAGAAAAACUUCGACCAUUGGAUCUUGCGUCAUUGAAGUUUGUUUGUCCUGGACCGGAUAGACCGUAUCUGCAAUAGAUUGAACUGUAAUAGCAUAAAAAUGUUGCAAAUGGAAGACGGUCAAAUAAAAGGCGGUGUGUGUUUUCGUUUUACGUGGACCAUCGUGUCUGAUGUGUGCUUGGUAUUUCAUAUUUGACAGGCAUG